GAUCAAUGAGUGUUGAUCAGAUUUUUGAUUUAGGAACUCGUCAUCAUUGACACCGAAUUUUCAUCUUUUAUUUUAGUUUACUAAUAAAAAAUGUCUAAGGUAACAUUCAAGAUUACCCUUACAUCUGACCCUAAGCUGCCUUUCAAAGUAUUAAGUGUACCCGAAGCAACGCCAUUCACUCAUGUUUUAAAAUUUGCAGCUGAAGAGUUUAAGGUUGCUCCUGCAACUAGUGCGAUUAUAACAAAUGAUGGAAUUGGCAUCAACCCAUCACAAAGUGCAGGAAAUGUUUUUCUCAAACAUGGCUCAGAACUAAGACUAAUUCCAAGAGAUAGAGUCGGCAAUAUAUAAAUAAACCAACUAGUUGUCUGUACAAGAACGUAACUUGGAUAUGGUAUUUUAAUAUGGAAGAAUAUUUAAUGUGCUCAUUUACAUGCAAUUAGUCUGUAGAUGAAUAUGGUCUAAAUAGGAAAGAUGUUAUAUAAAUACAAUUAAUAUUUUAUAAUACAGAGCAAGGUACUACAAUCAAAAUCUUAAAAUGUUAGGUAGCGAAAUUGAGACUUGUGGAAUGAAAGAAAAGUUUGUCCAUGUUUAUAAGUAUUCUCAGCAAUUUGAUUGGUCAAUCUGUCACUGGAAAUUUUUUCAAAAUCCAUAUUAUGGAUGUAGUAUAUAUUCUAGUUAUUCGAGUUAGGAUAUAUUCUAGUUAGGAGUAGUACGGAAUUUAUAAUAUCCAUACUAAUCGCCAUUUCCAUGGGUAUAGCAAAUUUCCAUAGCAUAGAUUUUGAAAAAAAUUUCCAGUGCAUGUGUUACUAGAGUCUAUGGAUACGCAGAUGAUGUCACAAUGUCAAUAAAUUAAAAAAAAAACAUUGAAAUUG